AUGCCAUGUCGAAGCUCAACAUGGACACUUCCCGUAACUCCCUCGGACGCCCCCCCGCCAUCUCCUGGCGCGAAGCGCAACUCCGGUCUCGACCCCUCUACUAUCAAUGCAAUGUUCCCGGAUGCUGCUGCAGCUAUCGCGAAGAAGAAGGCCGAGUUCACUCAGCAAACUGGCAACGCACCUCCCUCGAACCGCAACAGCGCAGUCUUCGACCGUGCCUCAUUUGUCGCACCUACAAUCUCGGCGCCUGACAACAACUCCGACAGCCUGGGUCAACCGCCUGCUUCUCCAUGGGCCCAGCGUGGUCUCUCUGACACGCAGCCUCCGAUCGCUCGCCCUAAGUCAUCUUCCGGACACCAGCCUAUGGGCCAGUUCAGCCAGCCCUCCGGCAUGCGCUCGCCCCUCCCGCAAACCGCCAACGUCCCCGCAUCUGACAUCGAACCCCCCUUGCUCUCGCCCUACAACCUUGGAAACCAAAGCUGGGCUUCGAUGACCAAUACCCCGAUGACUGCGACGUUCGGCCAGCAGUCGCACCAAACCCCCAACAACCAUGCGGACAUGGUUGCUAAUGCCACGGCAAUGAAGCUGGCAGCUUUGUCGACGGUCAACAACCGCAUUGCUCUGGACGAUGCGCGCAAAUACCGCCGUUCUCGCUCCAAUGACGGACAGGGCAGAGCCUCGCACGGAAACUCAAGCAUCAACCAAGGACUGGCCAGCCCAGGCCUUGGUGGGCAGCACUUGGUUGCUGGUCAACUCCUUAAUAACCAGCAGCUGAUGGCACUGCAGGCUCAUCAACAGGCGGCCAUGGCCGGCAGACGGUCCCGCCCCAACUCCCCCGGCAUUGCGAUGCAGGGUGGUGGUUUGACUCCUAUGGGAUUCACUUCUCCUCAAAACAACGGCUUCCUAGCUGCAUACGAUCCGAACAAUCCCAUCAUGGGUAAUGGUAUGGGCUCGCUGAACAUCGGCCAGUUCGUUGGCAGUGAAGGCUACCUGUCGGAUCAUUCGGAGGUCGCACGGGGCCGCUCCCCUCGGGGUCGUCGGGGCAGCUCGAAGCCGCCAGAGGACCCUACUGACCCAGCCCUUCUGAAGGACAUUCCCGGCUGGCUGCGAUCCCUCAGGCUGCACAAGUACACGGACAACCUGAAGGAUCUGCAGUGGACGGAGCUGGUCGAAUUGGACGACAAGGCGCUGGAGGACCGUGGUGUCAAUGCUCUUGGAGCACGUAAUAAGAUGCUAAAGGUCUUUGAGCAGGUCAAGGAGGCCCGCGUCGAUGGAAAAUUUGAGAAUGUUGUUUGA